UGAUCCCUUCUGCUGCCAUAUUGAAAAGUGAGAAUUGUUAUUAUCAAUUAUGAAAAAAAAAAAAAAAGCCACCAGAGUGGAUAAAUCGUUUUUCUCUUUAAUAUAAAUAUAAUUGUCUACGUUUCAGUUGAAUUCUCUACAAAACUGCAACACAAGAACUAACACAGUGCUGACUUUACUCCGUGAAAUGGGUUGUUAUUGAUCACGACAGUUGUGUCCCAGUGUGACGUCACUCAUGACAAUGGCCAUGACGUGGGCUCUUGCCGUGGUCUUCUAUGUUGUGCUCAUGGUUACCGACAAGCCUGUUGCAGGUAAAGCAGGAACUUCCCUUGACUGCAUGGAAACAGGGAUCGAAGGGCAGAGAACUGGUAUACAGUGUACAAUACAUGGAACUCUUCGGCGUGGAAUACUGUGGUUUCGACCAGGUCCUGUACUGGUCGCCGGUUGUAACACUUUAAAUACUGUAUGUAUAACUGAAUUUAAAUUCCUGGGCAAGUACACCAGUGUGAUUGAUUCGCCAUCACAACAGACACUAGUAAUAGAGUCGUUCGACCGAAACGUUGACGCUGGAGAGUGGAUGUGCACUGAUGGGCCGUUUCCCAUAGAAGAGGUACAAGCACAACCUUCGUGUAGAAAGACCAAAUUGUCAACAACGUCCCUUGACUGCAUGGAACCCGGGAUCGAAGGGCAUACAACAAGAAUACAGUGUUCAAUAAAUGGAACUCUUCGACGUGGAAUACAGUGGUUUCGACCAGGCACAGUACUGGUCGCCGGUUGUAACACUUUAAAUACUGCAUGUACAACCAGAUUUAAAUUCCUGGGCAAGUACACCAGCGUGAUUGAUUCGCCAUCACAACAGACAUUAGUAAUAGAGUCGUUCGACCGAAAAGUUGACGCUGGAGAGUGGAUAUGCAAUGAUGGGUCGUUUCCCAUAGAAGAGGUACAAGCACAACCUUCGUGUAGGAAGACUGUUGCAAUGUUAGCCAGAGCGAAAAGUGGUGCCUGUGCCCAUGUAGCAUCAACUUCUAUGGUUAUCUUCUGGACCAUUGCCAUACUGGCCCCAAACCUGUAGACCACUGCUUCCAGGUCCAUCAACUAAUUCAGCUUUGGAGACAGUCUUCAUAUCACUAUAUUAUACAAACUGACCAAAACAUGUCUAUAGUGAAAACAUGAUAUUUUAAUAGAUUGACAAUCAAUUAGUUAAACACUGUCACCAUGGUAUUCUAGUAAUUCGCCUGAGAGAGAGAAAGUGAGAGAGAGAGAGAGAGAGAGAGAGAGAGAGAGAGAGAGAGAGAGAGAGAGAGAGAGAGAGAGAGAGAGAGAGAGAGAGAGAGAGAGAGAGAGAGAGAGAUAUGGAGUAGGGUGGGGUGGAUAAACAAUAUCAGGCUUCGGUGUAUUCUCUUUUGGAUAACUUGCUGUGUUUUGGUUCAAAUGGCAACACGGUGCAUUUAUAUGUCAAAUGUCAAAGGUGGGAUAACUUGUUAAUAUUGCAUGUCGAGGUUUUCUUUAUCUUUGGGGGGGGGGGGGGGGGGGGUUCUAUAAUUUAUUCACUAAUUUUUAAAGUUAUUUUUAGAAUUUGGUCACGCCUAUUGAAUUACUGCAUGGAAAGCCUGAUGUUUGUAUGCCAGUAUGUAUAGGUUUAACUGAAAGCAUUACUUGUUACUUGUUUUGAGAAUUUUGUUUUGUCACCAAACUGUUUUAUAUGUAUGAUGUAAUGACAGCCCUGUCCGGUGAUUUGUCGAACUCACUAUUUGUCA